GUGCGGAGGCUGGGUUGCCAUAGCAACCGAGGCCGGGAAGACUCUCGGGGCUCCUCCGGAUGGGCCUGGGAUUCCGUUUUCUCUGUGUCCUGGUGCCUGGGGAAUCCCGGGCAUCUUGCAAAAUGAGCCCCUUGUGACGUAGAGCGGAGCCGAUGGGUCAGGGCAGGGUGGAGACUGGGCCUCUCGUACCCCAGCAUGCGGACGAGAUGGGUCUGUGCGAGUCCACGCUGCCCCAGAUGGGCAGAGCUUUAAGGCCCCAGGAGAAGGAUGCCCUGAAGUCCCCCCUGAUCAUCUUCGUAGUGGGCGGCCCCGGCUGCGGGAAAGGGACACAGUGCAGAAACAUGGCCAGCAAGUACGGCUUCUGCCACGUGGGGCUGGGCCAGCUGCUGCGGGAGGAGGCUCAGAGGAGCACCCAGCGGGGCCGGCAGAUCCGGGACAUCAUGCAGCAGGGACUCCUGGUGCCCACGGGUUUCAUUCUGGACAUGGUCAAUGACAACCUGUUGGCUCAUCCAAAGAGCCGAGGCUUCCUCAUCGAUGGCUUCCCCAGAGAACUGGAACAGGCCAAAGAGUUUGAGCGGAUUGUGGGCAGGGAUCCCAGCAUAGUUAUGGUGUUUGACUGCUCCAUGGAGACCAUGGUGCGGAGAGUGUUGCAACGUGGACAGGUGGAACACCGAGCAGACGAUUCAGAGGUGACCAUCCACAAGCGCUUAGAGACACACUACACCCUGUGUGAGCCUGUCCUGACCUUCUACCAGCAAAAGAACCUCCUGCGAAAUAUCUUGGCUGAAGAAGCCCCUGAGAUCAUUUUUGCCAAGUGCUGCUUGGUCAUUGAGAGUCUGCAGUGAGGCAGGGAGGGGCUGAUGUCUGGCCUACCCCAUUUUCCACAGUACACAGGACCAAGGCCUGUGAGGUGAGACCUUGGAACCCAAUACAGCCAGAGGGUAAUUUCA